CCUUCCUUCCACGGCACUGCCGGAGCUUGCGCUAUCCGCCAAGGGGGCGGACCAAGCCACAUUAUAAAGGGCAGGCAGAGGAGCUGGGGGCUGAUCCUGGACUCAGCGUGGCUGCUCCUCGUCCGGAAAGGAAGGCAGCGAAAGGGACUGCGCGGCGACAUCCUCCCUCUCAGCCAUGUGCGGAAUCUUUGCUUAUCUGAACUACCGAGUGCCUCGGACCAGAAAGGAGAUAUAUGAGACACUAAUAAAAGGGCUACAAAGACUAGAAUACAGAGGCUAUGACUCUGCAGGUGUGGCAAUUGAUGGGAAUAAUAAUGAAGAUAAGGAAAGGUUCAUCAAACUAGUCAAGAAAAGAGGAAAAGUAAAGGCUCUUGAUGAGGAACUGCAAAAACAAGGUGGCCUGGACUUGAAAGCAGAUUUUGAGACUCAUUUUGGCAUUGCUCACACUCGCUGGGCAACCCAUGGAGUACCAAAUGCAGUGAACAGCCACCCUCAAAGAUCAGAUAAACAUAAUGAAUUUGUUGUUAUCCAUAACGGGAUCAUUACAAAUUACAAAGACUUAAGGAAAUUUUUGGAGACCAAAGGCUAUGAGUUUGAAUCUGAAACAGAUACUGAAACCAUUCCAAAGCUGAUCAAAUAUAUGUAUGAGAACAGAGAGACUGAGGACAUGAGUUUUUCUGCACUGGUUGAGAGAGUCAUUCAGCAAUUGGAAGGGGCUUUUGCUCUGGUUUUCAAAAGUAUCCACUAUCCAGGAGAAGCUGUUGCUACAAGGAGGGGGAGUCCUCUACUUAUUGGAGUUCGUAGCGAAUCUAAGCUUUCCACUGAGCAAAUUCCAGUCUUAUAUCGAACAUGUAACAUUGAGAAUGUAAAAAACAGAUGCAAAACACGAAUGAAAAGACUGGAUAGUUCUACCUGCCUUCAUGCAGUUGGAGACAAAGCUGUUGAAUUCUUCUUUGCUUCAGAUGCAAGUGCUAUAAUUGAACAUACCAACAGAGUCAUUUUUCUAGAAGAUGAUGACAUUGCAGCAGUGGCAGAAGGAAAGCUUUCUAUUCACCGGCUGGAACGUUCUGCUAGCGAUGACCCAUCUCGAGCUAUACAGACUUUGCAAAUGGAAUUGCAGCAGAUCAUGAAAGGCAACUUCAGUGCUUUCAUGCAGAAGGAAAUAUUUGAACAACCCGAAUCUGUUUUCAAUACGAUGAGAGGAAGGGUAAACUUUGAAACAAAAACAGUUCUCUUGGGUGGCUUGAAGGACCACUCAAAAGAAAUUAGAAGGUGCAGACGACUGAUCAUUAUUGGCUGUGGAACUAGUUAUCAUGCUGCGGUGGCUACUCGUCAAGUGUUGGAAGAACUGACGGAGCUGCCUGUGAUGGUAGAGCUCGCCAGUGACUUUCUGGAUCGGAAUACACCUGUGUUUAGAGAUGAUGUAUGCUUUUUUAUCAGCCAGUCAGGUGAAACUGCUGAUACACUGAUGGCUUUACGGUAUUGUAAGGAUCGUCGAGCUUUGACUGUUGGAAUCACAAACACUGUUGGAAGCUCAAUAUCCAGGGACACUGACUGUGGCGUACAUAUCAAUGCUGGGCCUGAGAUUGGUGUUGCAAGCACAAAGGCUUAUACCAGUCAGUUCAUAUCUCUUGUGAUGUUUGGUUUGAUGAUGUCUGAAGAUAGAAUUUCCUUGCAAAACAGAAGGCAGGAGAUCAUAAGUGGACUGCACUCAUUGCCUGAGUUGAUAAAAGAAGUAUUGUCCUUGGAUGAGAAGAUACAUGAUUUGGCACUUGAAUUAUAUAAACAACGCUCACUUUUGGUUAUGGGUCGUGGUUACAACUAUGCCACUUGCUUGGAAGGGGCAUUGAAAAUCAAGGAGAUUACAUAUAUGCACUCUGAAGGUAUCCUGGCUGGGGAACUGAAGCACGGGCCACUGGCUCUUAUAGAUAAACAAAUGCCAGUUAUCAUGAUCAUUAUGAAAGACCCUUGUUUCACAAAAUGCCAGAAUGCUCUACAACAGAUCAUUGCUCGCCAGUGUCGCCCAGUUAUUUUAUGUUCUAGAGAAGAUACUGAGAGUUCAAAAUUUGCUUAUAAAAGCAUUGAGCUGCCGCAAACAGUGGACUGCCUGCAAGGAGUUUUAAGCGUUAUCCCUCUACAGCUGCUUUCAUUCCACCUGGCUGUUCUCAGAGGAUAUGAUGUGGAUUUCCCAAGGAAUCUGGCCAAAUCUGUGACUGUGGAAUAGGAAAUAUGCCAUAAAAUAUUUGCUAUCAACAGUCCGAAGUUAUAUUUCCAUCAGUGAGUCUCUAGCAGAGUGGACUUUCAAUUCCCAUCUACUAAGCAUAUCACUACAGAGCAAAACUCAAUGGGAGUUUUGAUGUGGAAAGCUUGAGCCAGUGUAACUGAUACAUCUACUGUACAGUGGGUUCAUUGCUAACUGGAAAGUAUUUGGGAAGGUGGGAUUUUUUGUGUGUGUUUUUUAAAAAUCUGCUUUAAGUGCCUUUAAAUAGCUGUUACAGGCCUUGCACCUAAGUGCACUUGCUUAUAGCCUAUAGCAUCUACAGUUGCCAAAGAAAAGAAGAUAAUUGUUUACAUAUGGUUAAUGAAUGGUCUCUUCUAUUACAGUGCAAUAUGUAUAUAGCUUUCUUUGAGUUACUGUGAAUAAGACAACACUCUAUGUGGCCUGAUCCUAUACAUACUUACUCAGAAAUAAAUCUCACUAAGAUGAAUGAGGUUUACUCCCAAGUAAGUGUGCAUAGGAUUGUUGCCUUGGUUUUGAAUACAAAGUAUUUAUAUAUACACAAAUGUAUAGCAUUUAAGUUAUUUUUAGUAAACAGCCUGCCUGUAGUAGUGGUAAUGCCCAGGAUUAAGACCUGUGCUCAUUAAAAUUUUACUAAUUGUAUACAAAUUCUCUUACACUUAUAUUUGUACUUUUAACUGGAAUUCUAGGUCCUAUAUUUCCCCCUUUUCCCACCUACUUAUGGGAUUGAGAAAAUCUGACCUAUCAGUAUCUUCACAGAUCUUUCCUUUGUCCUUCCAUCUUCUUCUGCACUAUUGUGAAUAAAAGUUUCUCAAGCAUUAUUCAGACUUAGCUCCGUUUUGCUGAAAUAGCCAAAACAGCAUUGUACUUGAGCCAGACUCUUGUCUAACCCCAUAAAUCUAUUGUACAUUGUGUGAGCUCAAUAUGUUUCUAUUUAUCUAUUGUACAACUAAAAUGCUAUGCAAUUAAAGAAAAUAUUGACUACAAAAAA